AUGCCCAAAAUCGCAUACUUUGGCUCAGACAAGUUUUCGAUUCGGUGUCUGACGCAUCUGCUUCCGAAAUACGCCGACGCUGUCACUGUGGUUGCACGGACGGCCAAGUUGAGCGGCCGUGGGCUCAGACAAUACAAGGAACCGCUCAUCGUGGAGUACGCCAGCCAAGCAGGUCUGCCGGUUGUGCGCGCAGACGAGCGUGCAGACUUCGACCUGCUGAGGGGCCAGUUCGACAUCUGUGUGGCAGUGUCGUUCGGGCUGCUAAUUCCAGCCUCGUUUCUCGAGUCGCUCAAAUACCCGGGUCUCAACGUGCAUCCGUCGCUGCUGCCAGCGUUCUCUGGGCCGGCCCCUAUGCAACGCGCACUGCUCAGCCACCAGAAGUACACCGGGGUCUCCUUGCAGACGCUCGAUAAGAAGAGGUUUGAUCGCGGGCGCAUUCUGGCGCAGGAGAGACAAGAAAUCGCCGAAGCAGAGACCCUGGAUUCUCUGUGCGAGAAACUGGCCGAUUCCGGGGGCAAGCUGCUGAGAAACUCUUUGGACACCGGCCUGUACGAGCCGCAGAAUUACCCUUCCUUCGUUUCGCAGGAAAGCUACUCGUACGCUGCGAAAAUAAAGCCUGCAGAGAAACACAUCGACUGGAACAACUACACGACAGAACACAUCAUGCGGCGCCAGAAUACGCUCGGGCCCCUUUUUGCCAAUGUCCAGGCCGUCUCGAAGGAGAAUCAGCCCAUCCUCAAGCGCGUGUACCUGCCAAACUUGCAACCAGCUACCAUGCGCCAAGAUCGGCAGCAAAAUUCAUCAGCAGCCUGA